GGCGUGAAGGUAGUCACGGAAUUCAGUACGAGUAAUUCGCCAGUAUGAGUAUAUAUAUUUUUUAAUUUCAGAGACUUUAAAGUAAAAUAUUUGAAAUACAAUUUUUAAAAAAUUUAUUCAAUUUUGUGCAGUAAAACACGAUGAAACUGUAAAUUUCUGCAUCAUCAUCGCUGGAACGUUUAAGCAAAUCGCGUGAGUCGUGCUUUUUAUGCCGGCAGCGCCAUUUUCUGCUGUAGCGGAAUAUUGAGCAACCACAUCGACAUACUGUCAAAAGACCCGAAGUCAUUAAAAUUCUAUUAGAGUUGGUCUUUUGUCAACUGGAACAAUUUCUAUUCGUUCCACACGCAAAAGUACGAUUGUUGAUUCAAUUCAAUAUUUUAAUUUCUUAAAAUAAGAGUAGUGCAUUCAUCAAAACAGUGGUUAUAGUAUCGUCAAUAAGAUUUUUAUUCAAUUUGUCGACUUGAACACCACGCACGCGUUAAAAAAUGGACGGAUUAGGAUCCGAAGUUGGCAAUAAAAUGAGGAGUGCUGUGAAAGCAAAGCUCGUCGAAUUGGGCUCAGGUACUGCCGGUUACAUUGACGAUGAGUUGCCGGAUUACGUUAUGAUUAUGGUGGCAAAUAAACGAUCAAAAGAACAGAUGAUUGACGAUUUGGGUUUGUUUUUGGAAGAAAACACAGACACAUUUGUCAGUUGGUUGCAUCAAGUGCUGGAGAAAUUGCAAGAAGUCACACUGCCACCAAACGUUCAAAAGUCAAAGCGUAAGACCAGCGAAUCGUCCACGACUGAAAAACGAGAUAAAAAGGUAAAACCAAAGAAACGUGGUAAAACUCCCGAUAAAUCACCGGUGAGAUCGACCACACCACCCAUUCAAAGUACAUCAACGUCAAUCACCGAUGUGUUUGCCGAUCAUUUAAUUCAAAAAGCCAAGAAGGUCAUUGAACCUCCGCUGAGCGUGAAGAAAGCAGAACGAAAUGGUGGAACGACAAAUGAUGGCUUCGACAUCCCGACGAUAUCGGAGAUAGCCAAGAAGGCUGUUGGAGCGGUUGUCUGUAGAAAAGAAAUCACCGAAUUGGCCGAACUACAAAAGAAAAUCGAUCAGGCCAAGCGGCAACUGCGUCACAUGACUGACGAGUCGGAUGAUGAGGAUUUCAUUAAUUUAGGAGCUGAAAAAUUGGAUUUCGAUGGCGAAUUAAGUAACAACAGUAAAGAGCAUGCCAUCGAAAAAGCAAAAUCAAAUGAAACGACAGCAGAAAAGGUGAAUGAGGCAAAAACACAUGCAAAAAUCACCUUCGAUGAGACACGAGAUACAGAAAUAGGUUCACCGUCGAAGAAACAAUCCAUUUUGAAUCGGCUUGGAACGAGAGGCGAUAAUGAAGCCGGCAAAGGUGAACAAGUUGAGAAAAAUAAAAAUAUUAUUAGUUUAUCGGCACAUCGGCGUAUGGAGCAAGCCAUUUAUGUGCCAGCACAUCGUCGAACAACCGAACAAGCGGCGAUUCCGAAGAGAUCGGAACCCGAGAAGAUUCGUGAACGAAGCCCCAUUAAAAAUACAGAUUCGAGACGGUCAUCACGAAUCGAAAGUCGACUGGGUAGAGAUAAUCAACGGUCACGCGAACGAAGAGAUUCACGAGAACCGAGAGAUUUACGUGAUCACAGGGAUACACGCGAGUCAAGAGACUUACGCGAACCAAGGGACUUGCGUGAAAAAGUACGACAGAAAGAACGUGAUGUUGAACUCCGUGGAGGUCGCACCAAUCGCGAUUCAUCGCGUGGAAUCAAUAAAAGUGAAGAGAAACUGACAUCAGCGACCAAUCGAAUGGGAUCCAAAGUCAUUGUUGCGCCAGCCAAACCGGAGUACGUUGAGGAUGAAAUCGAAGUACCGAUUAGUUCAGUAGUUAAAGUCAAACCACGACCACUGAUUCCAAGAAGUAAACAGGCAAGUAAAAAUCUUCUGUUGCGUGCGGUGGCUGAAGCACAAAAGUCCACGGCACUCGUCAAACCAGUAGCCCGGGAAUUUAAGGCAACGGAGAAGAAUACGAAGGAACUGUACACCAAAUCGUUCCGUAACAAACUCCAAAAGGGUAAUAUUGUUGUUGAAAUUGCCGCCGACGAAACCGAAACGAUCGAUGGCACAAAUGUGGACGAAUUAGAGACAGCAGCAGAAGAAGAGGAGGAAGAAUACGUCCCAAAAUCUGAAUCGAUUGACGACGAUGCUUUUGUUUACAUACCUCAAGCUAUUCACAAUGAUGGAUCAAAAGACAGUCUAGGGCCAAAAACCCAAUUCGUCGUCACACUGGAUUCACUGGGCUUCCCGGCAAAGAAACAACUACCACAGAAGGAUACUCCACGUGUCAUUAAGCCGGAUGCAAAAAUGGAUGAACGCAAACGAACACCAAUCACAAGCCGAAUUGGCAAUCGACGGUCAGCAGAGACGGAAAAUGAGAAUGAACUUCGUAAAGCGGUUGAAGAUAGCAGUAAAUCAUCAUCGUUAAAACGCAAACGAACGCCGAUAAAGUUUGACAUCAGUGACCGCAACUCCGAAGCUACUUCCGAACCGCCGAAAAAGCGUCGUUCACGGAGUGCAGAGCGUAGAAGUAACGAAAAUGAGCACAGAAAGAGCCCGGACAGGGAUGAUAACCGUAGACGUGAUAAUCAUAGCAAAUCACGUGAACGUGACAGUAAUGAAUUUACAUCGAAAAUCCGCACGCUAAAAACAAGCAGCCAAAAUAAAUACGACAACCUGCCUCCACUUUCUAGUGCCAUAACGGUAACAUCAAACGAAAACAAAGUAGCAAAGAAAGAGCGCUGCAAAUUCUAUCCGUCAUGUACGCGAGGUGAGCGUUGCGACUAUUAUCAUCCGACGACACCAUGCAAAGCCUUCCCCAAUUGCAAAUACGGUGACAUUUGUCUAUACAUUCAUCCAAAAUGUAAGUUUGAUUUAACAUGCUCCCGCCUCGACUGCAACUUCACUCAUACACCUGUUGUGAGCGCCGCACCACCUCUGGCCUCACAUGUUGUGCCCGUUACCAACUACAAAAAGAUCGUAACCACACCGUUGCCCACACUAUGCCGCUUCUAUCCGAACUGCUCGAAUACGCUGUGCGAAUUCUAUCACCCGAAGCCGUGCAAAUUCGGAAAGAGCUGUACUAAUAAGGUGGAGUGCAACUUUUAUCAUUUCGAUCUGCCCACACCGACAAACAACACAACGAUGCCAUCGAAAAAUAAAAUGAAAUGGGUUGCAUCGGCCGUGUGAAGUUUCACCAAAACACCCCUUCCUACAUUGAUCAAUUCUAUCGCUAUGACAACUAACUGACUGCUGACAUUUAAGAGUUUAAAAGCACCUGACAUUUGAGAAGAAAAAAAUUCAAACACCCGAUGUGUUUUCUGGGUUGCACGUAUAUCGAAUGAAUUUUAAGAUUUGAAUCCAAAUUAUCCGAGAAUUUCAUUGAAAUCAUUUUUCUAGAUGCUUUACGUAAUUUCUACGAGAAAAAGAGAGAACUAAUUUAUAUAGAAGCCAAAUGAUUGAAUUGUUCGGCCAUUCGACAUGUUUAAUCUAAAGAAGAGAUGAAUUUUGAGCGCAAUUGCCAAAAUUCCAUUGUCAUUCUGAUUUCCUGACCACAUUGUAUUUUAUCGGCUUUAGCACAAAUGCCAUAAGGAAAACAUCAAAACAUCCGGAAUGCAAUUCGACAUUGUAUGCGUUAGGACAUAUAUUUAUAGAAACAAAAAAUAACACAAGAUCAAAUUGAUUCGAAAAUAGAGAAACAUCAUUUGCACUAAAAAUAUAUCCCAAAUUUAUUUGCGUAUGCUCAAAUAAACGAACAGAAGCAAUGAGAAUGAAA